UGCCCUGGCGGGGAUGGUUUCCAUUGCCAGGAGCGUCGUGUCUCAGUAAGGACACAGCUGCUGCUGCUCUGCAGUCACGGCCCAGCCAUGCUGCGUUGCAGAGCACACAGUUUUCCCAGAGUCUGUCCUUUGGUUUAUCCUGUGUGGGCUACAGGUGCAGGCAUCUUUUGUGCUGCUUUCUUAACUCCACUGGUGGCAUUGAAGGCUUCUUCCCGCAGAGCAGGGGAUAGGAUGGGUUGUGGACAGGAGCUGGACAGGGUCCUGCAUCACAUGCCCUUUGUUGCAGUGUACCUGGAGACCUAUGGAUGCCAGAUGAACGUCAAUGACACGGAGAUCGUCUGGGCCAUCCUGCAGAAGAAUGGCUAUGCCAGGACAAAGAAGCUGGAUGAGGCAGAUGUGGUUCUUCUUGUCACCUGUUCUGUGAGGGAGAAGGCAGAGCAGGCCAUCUGGAACCGGCUGCAGCACCUCAGGGCGCUGAAGGCGCGGCGGCGCCCGGCUCGCGCUGCGCUCCGCAUCGGGAUCCUGGGUAGGGCUGCGCUGCAUCACCUGUGUCCCACUGCAGCACCCGCCUUCCCUGGGCUGAGAGCAGCUGGGAAGGGCUGCAGGCGAGUCACGGGAGCGGGAACUGCCCCAUCAGCACCUUCUCCUUCGUAG